GUUCUUUUCUCAUUCGCACUUUAAAAGCCGGAUCGCAAAGACGUCUGGAAUUGUUUAAGAAACAGGAAUAUAGUUCUACGUGAUAUUUGUCGAUUUUGUUACCAUAAAAAGUUUUUAAAAAUGGCAGAGCUACCAAGUGAAAUUAAGCAAUUAUUUGACUUUGUUGAAGGAAAGAAGGCUGAUUAUAUUGAGACUCUGAAGACUGCAGUCGCCAUACAAUCGGUAUCCGCAUGGCCGGAGAAACGAGGGGAGAUCGAUCACAUGGUCAAUUGGACAGCCGAUAAAUUGAAGGCAUUGGGAACUGAAAUCGAGUUAGUUGAUCUCGGCAAACAGACAUUGCCCUCGGGUCAGGAGUUGCCACUGCCGAAGGCUCUAUUGGGAACACUCGGCAAGGACCCGACUAAGAAGACCGUUCUGGUGUACGGUCACUUGGAUGUGCAGCCUGCCUUGAAGGAGGACGGCUGGAAUACCGAUCCCUUUGUGCUCACCGAGAUCGAUGGGAAACUCUUUGGACGCGGUUCGAGCGAUGACAAGGGUCCAGUUCUCUGCUGGAUUCAUGCCAUCGAAGCCUACAACAAGUUGAAUAUUCCACUGCCUCUGAAUAUUAAGUUCGUAUUCGAGGGCAUGGAGGAGAGCGGCAGUGAGGGAUUGGAUGAACUGUUGAUGGCACGCAAGGAUUCAUUCCUCGCCGAUGUGGACUUUGUCUGCAUCUCCGACAACUACUGGCUGGGCAAGAAGCGUCCCUGUCUGACCUAUGGCCUGCGUGGUCUGGCCUAUUUCCAGGUGGAAGUCGAGUGCGCCAGCAAGGAUCUCCACAGUGGCGUCUUUGGAGGCACUGUGCACGAGGCAAUGCCCGAUCUCUGCUACCUGUUGAGCACUCUGGUCGACAAGGACACCAAGAUCCUCAUUCCAGGCAUCGAUCGUGAUGUGGCUCCCCAAUUGAAGAACGAAGAAGAAAUCUACAAGAAUAUCGACUUUGAAGUGGCUGAAUACAAGAAAGACGUGGGCACCGAACACCUGCCCCACAAUGGCGACAAGAUGCGAUUGCUGCAGGCCAGAUGGCGUUAUCCCAGUCUGUCCAUUCAUGGCAUCGAAGGUGCUUUCUAUGAGCCAGGAGCCAAGACUGUCAUACCCAAAAAGGUCAUUGGCAAGUUCUCGAUUCGUCUGGUGCCGGAUCAGGAUCCCAAGCACAUUGAAGAAUGCGUUGUCAAAUAUAUCAAUGAUAAGUGGACCGAGCGUGGAUCUCCCAACAAGAUGAAGGUUCAAUUGUUGUCAGCUGGCAAGCCCUGGACCGAGGAUCCCAAUCAUCCCCACUACGAGGCCGCCAAGCGGGCAGUGAAACAUGUCUUCAAUGUUGAACCCGACAUGACACGCGAGGGAGGAUCCAUUCCCGUUACUCUGACUCUGCAGGAGGCCACGGGCAAGAAUGUGAUCCUGGUUCCCGUGGGUGCCUGCGACGAUGGUGCUCACUCGCAGAACGAGAAGAUUGACAUCUAUAACUACAUCGAAGGAACCAAAUUGCUGGGUGCCUAUCUGCACGAAGUGGGCAAGUUGUAAAAUGGAUUUCACUGGAUAUAAUCCCAAUUAAAACAUCACGAUGGAACAUCACAAACUAUACAUAAAAUAUUCUAAUCCAUAUAUAAAAUAUUACAACAACGUUCAACUUUUGUAUACGUUUUGUAUUCAACAUGCGAAUAAAUAUUAACAAUUGCAAUC